GGGGGCGUAUUCUGGAAGAAGGGACCAGGACGUAACUUGACCCGGGGCUAUGUGGGCCCCGGCGACUCCAGUUAAGGGAUGGGUUAUGUGGGCAACAUGGAGGUUUGGGGUGACCCAUGAACAAGAGUACCACAGGAGGUGGUUGACUGACUUAAUGGAAGUGGGGUGCAAGGAGCCAGACCGAGCGGUCUGCGGAGUGACCCAGUCCGCCAGCUUGAGGCAUGGGGCGUCCCACCGUCCUGCUCCUGCUCUUGGCUAUCCUGACGCCCGGGGCCGCCUUCCAUGUACCGCCGGCCAUGAAGGCCCUCAGCAGCCUGCGCUGGUCAGCCAGUUCCACAUUCCGCCGUACUGUUGCCAAGAAUUACUCGGUUCACUACAUCCAACAGAAGGUUGAUCAUUUUGGAUUUAGUGCUGAUAAAACUUUUAAACAACGGUACCUAAUAGCUGAUGCAUACUGGAAGAAAAAUGGUGGAUCAAUACUUUUCUACACUGGUAAUGAAGGGGACAUUACCUGGUUUUGUAAUAAUACGGGGUUCAUGUGGGAUGUGGCUGAUCAACUGAAGGCUAUGUUGGUGUUUGCAGAACAUCGAUACUAUGGAGAGUCCCUACCUUUUGGUAACAAAUCAUUCAGGGAUUCCAGACACUUGAAUUUUCUGACAUCGGAACAAGCUCUGGCUGAUUUUGCAGUGUUAAUCAAACACUUGAAAAAAACAAUCCCAGGAGCUAAAAAUCAACCUGUCAUUGCCAUAGGGGGCUCUUACGGUGGCAUGCUUGCAGCCUGGUUCAGGAUGAAAUAUCCUCAUAUAGUGGUUGGAGCUCUUGCAGCCUCCGCCCCCAUUUGGCAUUUUGGUAAUCUGGUACCUUGUGGUGUGUUUAUGGAGAUUGUAACUAAAGAUUUUAAGAGAGGUGGUCCAAAUUGUUCAGAAACCAUCCGUAGCUCCUGGGAUGCUAUUAAUCGAUUCUCAAGAACAGGUGCUGGCUUGCGUUGGCUUUCUGAAGCCCUUGACUUAUGUACCGCAUUAACAAAUGCUCAGGAUGUCCAGCAUUUGAAAGCCUGGCUCUCUGAAACCUGGAUAAAUCUGGCAAUGGUGGACUACCCUUAUGAGUGUGACUUUUUACAGCCUUUGCCUGCUUGGCCUAUAAAGGUAGUGUGCCAGUAUUUGAAAAAUCCCAGUGUAUCUGAUGCACAGCUUCUGCAGAAUAUUUUCCAAGCUCUGAAUGUCUAUUAUAAUUAUUCAGGCCAGGCGAGUUGCCUGAAUAUAUCAGAGACAACAACUAGCAAUCUGGGAACCCAGGGUUGGAGCUAUCAGGCCUGCACAGAAAUGAUCAUGCCUUUUUGUACUAAUGGUAUUGAUGACAUGUUUGAACCUCACGCAUGGAACUUGAGGGAAUUUUCUGAUGACUGUUUUAAACAGUGGAGUGUAAGACCGAGGCCUGCCUGGAUCAUUACUAUGUAUGGAGGCAAAAACAUCAGUUCACACACGAACAUCAUUUUUAGCAAUGGUGAACUAGACCCCUGGUCAGGAGGUGGAGUAACCAAGGAUAUCACAGACACCUUGGUUGCAAUCACCAUCCCAGAUGGGGCCCAUCAUCUAGAUCUCCGAGCCAGAAAUGCCUUUGAUCCCACGACCGUGCUAUUAGCCCGCUCCUUGGAAGUUAGACACAUGAAGCAGUGGAUCAGAAAUUUCUAUGCCAGUCUGAGAAGGAAGCACUGAACAGUUUUGAUCAUUUUCACUUCUUUUAUGUUAAUUCUACCCAUAUUCCCAUUCACUUUGGUUUUCUACAUGUAAUUACUUUUCCUUGUUUGUCUUUAGAUUUGGUGGGGCGAAGGUUGAGAUAGAAAAGAGGGUGAUGGUAGUGACAGCCGCCUGCCCACAUCCUGGGUCCUCGCCAUCUUCACACCAUCUCCAGGAAGAAUCUCUUUGUGACAGCUUUCCUACACCAUCAGUGGCCCUCAUAACUGGAGCAGAGUUCCUGACUGCCUUUCACAAGAGGGAGAGUCGCUUCCUUUGUUUCUCGGCAAGCUGGGCUUUCUCUUGGUUUUGAGGUUUAAGUCUCUUUGGUCCUUUUGUCACUCCCCAACCCUCCCCCCCGAAAAAAAGAAAAGCAGAAAAUAGAUAAAAAUGAUGUAAUUGCAGCUGGUAGGAAGGAUGUCCGAUGCCAAUCCAGGAAAUGGAAGCCAUUUCUUUUGUACUUGAUUUAAUGACUUUGAACUGUGCUGUAAAUAAAGAAUAAGGCUGGACCUUA